UCUACGGUUCUACCCGGGCCACAGGUUGAGCAGACGCCUUCCUCGCCCUGUUCUCUAAUCUCCUUCUCCUUCCCCUCUUCUCUUCUCCCCUCUUCCUCUAUAUACACCAUACAUACGCCCGCCGUAGUCUCCCUUCUCCACUCCUCUGAUCACCAGCCGCCCCCGCCGCUUCGAUCCCGGUCGAUCCAACCUGGGUUCUUCCGUCGAUUCGGCGCCCAGGAACAAGAAGGAGCGGCUUUCCUCAUGUCUAGUGUCGCGACCCAGGAGGCGGCGUCAGGGUCAGCUUCGGCAUCGCAGGAGAAGGCGGCCAGCCGGAACAAGCGCAAGUAUCGAGCCGAGCCGCCGUCCGGUGAGUUGGGGCCCUUCGGACUGGAGUACCCACUGACGACGGACUGCGUGGGGUUCGAGUUCAUGUCGCCUGAGAAGGCCGCCAUGGCGGCUUACGCCACAGCCUCUGAGGGUGCCAAUCUAGACUUCACCCCGAGCGCUUGUGACGGCUGCAAAGCCGUCCAUGCUACGGCAGAGGAGCUGUUGGAGUGCCAGCGGCAUGUGAAUUGGAGUGACCCGAAUGAGGCCCAGCUGGAGGAGAUCCUUCUGAAGUGCCUGGACACCACCUUCGACAAUGCCGUCAGUGUGAUCAUCUCAAUGGGCUACUCAGAGGCUGGAGCUCGGGCUGCUGUUGUGCGUGCAGCCGCUCAGUACACCUGGAGGGAGAGCCUUGCGGGGUUCAGUGAGGCCGCGGUUGAGGUGCUCAAGAGCGAGGGGGAUAUGCUACCGAUGGAUGGGUCCUCCCUCGAGGACAUGAGGAAGAUUGAGAAGGCUGUGCUUGGUAGCUUGGUUGCUGUGGUCAAUGAGGCCCAGCCGUUUUACACCACAGGCGACGCUAUGUUCUGCCUGCUCAUGUCAGAUAUGAAUGUAGCCCAUGCCUGUGCCAUGGACUAUAGCUCUGCUUCUCUGCCUCCGGUGGGUGCUCAAGUUGUUGCACAACCAGUUGUGGGGAACCAUGAACCUGGCCCAAGUUCUGAUGUAUCGGUUAAAAUUACCAACCCACAGACAGGUGUUACAUUCCGUGGGAAACUUACACCAGUUCCACCGGCAAGCCUGAAUAUGCCAAGUGGCAAGCCAUCUAUCUCCGGCAAGAUGCAUCCUUUGUCACCAAAUCUUAAGCAUAAAGAACACCCGGUUGCUAUGCCUGAUCAUUCAGAGGAUCAACCAUUUGUUGCUGCUGCGACACAAUCUGUGAAGGAUGAUAAGCCAUUCUCUAGCAAGAGGGGGAGCUCUAAGAGGGAUUCCUUGCACCGGCAGAAAUUGAUGAGCUUUGAUAAGAAUUCCCGAGCAUUGGGCUCUAAAGGGUCUCUUAGGUCCGGCAAGCAUAGCUCUUCUGGGAUUGCAGCACUAGAGAGGAAGUGCAGGCCAUUUGCAGAUGCUACUACUAGUAGCUUGAAGGGCCCAGUAAAAGUUGGCAAAGGGUUUGCUACUGGCAUGACAGGGUCAGAAUAUUCGGGUGACCUUUCUUUUACUGCCACCGGUACCAUUGCUCCCCUUCCAUCAUUUGAUACCAAGACAACCAGUAGCACUGACUCAGCAUCAACUGCUAGCACAGAAUUGUCAUUGUCGCUGCCGUUGCCUUUACCAUCCUCAAGCGAUGUUUCUGCUCCAUCUUUGAAUCAGGAUUCUAAGACUGAAGCUGUAGACCCUAGCAGCAAAAUUAACUUCACAUAUGAUGAGAAUCAGAAGGUCUGGAUUCCACAAGAAAAGAAGGAUGAAAUGGUUUUGGUUCUUGUCCAGAGGCAGAAAGAGUUGCAAGCACAUAUGCGGGACUGGACAGAAUGGGCUAUGGAGAAGGUGAUGCUGGUCACACGACGACUUGCCAAGGAGAAGGAGGAGCUCCAGUCACUUCGGAAAGAGAAGGAAGAGGCUGACCGCCUCCAAGAAGAAAGGCACUGUCUGGAAGAGAGCACUAGGAAGAAGCUUCUAGAGAUGGAGUCUGCAAUCUCUAGAGCAAACACACAGCUGGAUAAAGCAGAUGCUGCUGGUCGUAGGCGCAUCACUGAGAAUACACAACUUAGGAUGCAGAUGGAAGCUGCAAAGCGGCAUGCGGCUGAGUCUGCAGCAAAUUUUGUUGAGCUUUCAAAGAAGGAUGAGAGCAGUCUUAAAAGGUCCCAGCAUUGGGAAUCUGAGAGAACCCUGUUGCAAGAGGAGCUUGCAGCUGGAAAGAGCAAACUAUCUCGGGUUCAGCAACAACUUCAGUCUUCUAAAGAGAAGAAAGAGCAACUGAAGGUAAGGUGGAGGCAAGAAGAGGCUGCGAAGGCUGAGGCAAUUGCCCGUGUGACCUCAGAGAGGAAAGAGAGGGAUCAGAUUGAAACAUCACUGAGGUCGGAAGAGAAUUUCCUGCACCUUAAAGCUGAGAACGACAUGCAAAGAUUCAAGAGUGAGAUCCGUGCACUGGAGCAUCAGAUAACACAGCUGGAGCUAUCUAUGGACGCUUUAGACGAGGCUGGUGUUCCCAGCGACAAGAUCCGCUCUUUGAGUCUCUCUGAGGGUAGAAAGAUCGGCAACACCCAAAUUUUGGCCAAGGUGGCAGCGGCGGCAUCCCAAGACCUCGAUCUCGACGACAUACAGCGCGACCGGGAGUGCGUCAUGUGCCUGAGCGAGGAGAUGUCGGUUGUCUUCCUCCCCUGCGCCCACCAGGUGGUCUGCGCAAAGUGCAACGACCUCCAUGAGAAGCAAGGGAUGAAGGAGUGCCCGUCGUGCCGGACCCACAUCCAGCGCAGGGUGUGCGCCCGACCUGCCGGCUGCUGAGGAUACUUUUUUUGCCUGCACCUUAUACCUUUUUUGAUUGCCCAGCUUGAAUUUUAUGGAGAUUGAUAGAAUAAUUGAGUGAGCGGUUGAACAAUAAUACCUGGGUGAACAUCAUACCCCCCCAGGCCUCAGAUGGUGGAUGGAUAAUGGAUGGUUAAUUGGUUGUUUGGACA